CUGACUUUGAAGCAAAAGCACAUCAACUACUGUUUCCAUUUAUAAUACUCUCGUGACUCCGACCCCCUUCUCUCUCUCCACUGUCCGGCUCUCCCCUUUACGAGUUUUUCAGAUGAACUGUUUCAUGUAAUCAUUGAGGAGCUCAAUGUAAUGUUCAUGUAGACCUUAUUCAGUUUAUCAUGUCAUUUAAGCUAAAUGACGAUUGAUAUGCAACCGUCUAUGGCACAAAGUGUGGGAACUAGUAGGUCUUCCUUUAGCUCUAGCAAUGGUAUUGAGGAUACUCCUUUGCACAACUCUGCUGCCAUUUCAAAUGCGGAUGAUUACGACAGUGAUACUUCUAAUUUUGCACCACCUACACCAACGACCCUUUCAAUGGCUAUUCCAGAUGAACUUGCUGGUGCUAUACCUGUGCUUAAUAGAUUCCAGGUGGAGGGAUUUUUAAGGUUGAUGCAGAAACAGAUUCAGUCUGCUGGAAAACGUGGGUUUUUUUCUAAAAAAUCUGUAGGCCCACAAGUUCGGGAAAGAUUCACAUUUGAGGAUAUGCUAUGUUUCCAAAAGGAUUCUAUACCAACUUCCUUGCUCAAAAUUAAUAGUGACCUAGUAAGUCGAGCAACAAAACUGUUCCAGAUAAUUUUGAAGUACAUGGGAGUUGAUUCAUCUAAUCGAGUUACAGCAGCAAAUUUAGAUGAACGGAUUGAGCUUGUUGGAAAAUUAUACAAGCAUACUUUGAAACGUUCAGAGCUCCGAGAUGAACUUUUUGUGCAGAUUUUAAAACAAACAAGAAAUAAUCCUGAUAGGCAAUACUUGCUCAAAGCAUGGGAGUUGAUGAAUUUGUGUGCUUCUUCCAUGCCUCCUAGUAAGGACAUUGGUGGAUAUCUAUCAGAGUAUGUUCAUACUGUGGUCCAUGGUGUGAGUGUGGAUUCCGAGGUCCGAGGGCUUGCAUUAAAUACAUUAAAUGCUUUGAAGCAUGCUGUUAAGGCUGGUCCCAGGCAUACAAUACCAGCUCGAGAGGAGAUUGAGGCACUUUUAACUGGUCGAAAACUUACAACUAUAGUAUUUUUCUUGGAUGAAACUUUUGAAGAAAUCACGUAUGACAUGGCAACCACUGUGGCUGAUGCUGUUGAGGAGCUUGCAGGGAUAAUUAAACUGUCAACAUACUCUAGCUUUAGUCUGUUUGAAUGCCGUAAAGUUGUUACUGGCUCUAAAUCACCUGAUCCUGGGGAUGAGGAGUAUAUUGGGCUAGAUGAUAACAAAUACGUUGGCGAUCUGCUAGCGGAAUUCAAGGCAGCAAAGGAUCGAACUAAAGCAGAAAUUUUGCACUGCAAACUGACAUUUAAAAAAAGGCUAUUUCGUGAAUCAGAUGAAGCUGUGACAGAUCCAAUGUUUGUGCAGUUGUCCUAUGUUCAAUUGCAACAUGAUUAUAUAUUGGGCAAUUAUCCUGUUGGAAGGGAUGAUGCUGCGCAGCUGUCUGCACUGCAGAUCUUGGUUGAGAUUGGAUUUGUUGAUAACCCUGAAUCCUGCACUGAAUGGAAUUCACUUUUGGAACGAUUCCUUCCAAGACAAAUUGCUAUAACACGAGCAAAGCGGGAAUGGGAAUUGGAUAUUCUUUCUCGUUACCGUUCUAUGGAACAUCUGACAAAAGACGAUGCGAGACAACAAUUUCUGCGGAUAUUGAGAACACUUCCCUAUGGGAAUUCGGUUUUUUUUAGUGUUCGGAAGAUUGAUGAUCCUAUUGGGCUUCUGCCAGGACGAAUAAUUUUAGGCAUUAAUAAGAGGGGGGUACAUUUUUUCCGCCCAGUUCCAAAGGAGUAUCUACAUUCUGCCGAAUUACGAGACAUAAUGCAAUUUGGUAGUAGCAAUACUGCUGUUUUUUUUAAGAUGAGAGUUGCAGGUGUUCUUCAUAUAUUUCAAUUUGAUACCAAGCAGGGAGAAGAAAUAUGUGUUGCUCUUCAGACGCAUAUAAAUGAUGUCAUGUUGUGCCGUUACUCUAAAGCCCGCUCUGCUACUAGCAAUUCGAUUAAUGGAGAUCUUUCUAACAACUUUAAACCUCCCAACGUGGAAGUGCAUGAGAAACGUGUUCAGGACUUGGCUAAAGCUCUUGAAGAAUCUCAAAGGAAUGCUAAUAAAUUGCUGGAAGACUUGCGGGAUAAGCAAAAGCAAGAAGUAAAAAUACAAGAAGAUCUAGAGGAAUUGAAAGAAUCCUUGAGAUCUGACAAGCAAAGCCUGGCAAAAGUUACAUGUGAUCGUGACAGACUUAGAUCAUGGUGUGAUGAAAAAGAUAAGGCACUUCAGGCUGCACUGCUGGAGAAAAGGAGCAUGGAAGCGAGGUUGGCUAAGUUGGGGGAUCUUAUGAUAGAGAAGAAUACCAAAAAAGAUUUGAUUGGGGCUGAUACCCAGUUGUUAGAAAAGCUCCAAGGUGAGUUAAAACUUCGUAGUGAGGAGUUGCAUGCAGCAGAAGACACUAUGAAGAAGCUGGUUAAUGAAAAAAUAUCAUUGGAAGAAAAGAUAUCUGGACUUGAAAAGAAGAAAGCUGAUGAGAUAGAUUUUCUUGAGAAAAAAUUUGAGCAAGAACGUAAAGCUUUAAAGUUUCAAGUACUUGAACUUGACAAGAAGCUUGAAGGGGUCACAAAAGAGUUGGCUGUUGUUGAGUCAACUCUUGCUGUCAGGGACUCUGAUUUGGCUUCAUUACAAAAUAAUCUAAGGGAAUUAGAGGAAUUGAGAGAAAUGAAAGAGGACAUCGAUAGAAAGAAUGAGCAAACUGCUGCCAUUUUGAAGAUGCAAGGGGCUCAACUUGCUGAGUUGGAAGUGCUUUAUAAGGAGGAACAAGUUUUAAGAAAGCGUUAUUUUAAUACUAUUGAAGAUAUGAAAGGCAAGAUCAGAGUUUUUUGUCGAUUAAGACCUCUUAAUGAGAAAGAGACUGCUGAAAAUGAAAGAGAUGUACUCACAAGUCUUGAUGAGUUUACAAUUGAACAUCCAUGGAAAGAUGAUAAAGCCAAGCAGCAUAUAUACGAUCAUGUAUUUGAUGGCAGUGCUACCCAAGAUGACGUGUUUGAGGAUACAAGGUAUUUGGUGCAGUCUGCUGUAGAUGGGUAUAAUGUGUGCAUAUUUGCUUAUGGUCAAACUGGUUCUGGAAAGACAUUUACAAUAUAUGGAUCUGAAAACAAUCCUGGACUUACUCCUCGAGCUACGGCAGAACUAUUUAAAAUUAUAAGACGAGAUGGCAACAAAUUCUCAUUUUCAUUGAAGGCAUAUAUGGUGGAGUUAUACCAAGAUACACUUAUAGAUCUUCUUUUACCAAAAAAUGCUAAACGCUUAAGAUUGGAUAUUAAGAAAGAUUUAAAGGGCAUGGUAUCUGUAGAAAAUGUGACUGUUGUAUCAAUUUCAACAUUUGAGGAAUUGUGGAGCAUUAUUCAAAGAGGAUCUGAACAACGGCAUACAUCCGGAACUCAAAUGAAUGAAGAAAGUUCAAGAUCUCAUCUGAUACUCUCAAUUGUUAUUGAAAGUACCAACCUUCAAACUCAGUCGGUUGCGAGAGGAAAGUUAAGUUUUGUGGAUCUUGCUGGUUCAGAAAGAGUGAAGAAAUCAGGCUCUUCUGGUAGUCAACUUAAGGAAGCUCAAAGCAUCAAUAAAUCACUUUCAGCGCUUGGGGAUGUUAUUAGUGCAUUGUCUUCUGGUGGUCAACACAUACCUUAUAGGAAUCACAAGUUAACAAUGUUAAUGAGUGAUUCACUUGGUGGUAAUGCCAAAACACUCAUGUUCGUUAAUGUAUCACCAGCUGAAUCAAACUUGGAUGAGACAUACAAUUCCCUAAUGUAUGCAUCUAGAGUUCGAUCAAUUGUGAAUGAUCCAAGCAAAAAUAUUUCAUCCAAAGAGGUAGCCCGAUUGAAAAAGUUGGUUGCUUAUUGGAAGGAGCAAGCUGGUAGGAAAGGCAAUGAUGAGGAGUUCGAAGAAAUUCAAGAAGAACGUCCAGCAAGAGAUAGGACAGAUGGCCGUCAUUCCAUGUAAUGUUUCUAUUAUGCGAGUUGCUUGAAGCUUUUCCUAUAUAUGAAAAGUACUUGAGAAGUUGCUAGUAAGGGCUUUGGGACACGUGAGCUAGGGCAUUGGCAAGGUUGCCAAUAUUGGUGAACAUAAGCAGGAUUAAGUACCGUUUAAGCUACUAUCAUGUUGUGAAGUCUUGAUCUUGCUCCAACAUUGUACUAAAGCUAGAGGUGCUGUAAUUAGUUUAGCAAGAUUUAAGUUGUAUAGCCGAAUGGUGUGUAUAUUUUGCUUUAUAUAUCCUACAUCUCAUUGGUGACAA